UGUAGCAAGCUGGGGUCUGUGCUCCAACGUGCAUUUUACGGGUCCAGUGGGAAGGUGACCCUUUUUGAGCAGAGGAACUUUGCCGGACGGCGAUUGGACCUCAGUUCAGACUGCCAGAAAGUGAGCGACAAGAACUUCCCUGAAAGAUGUAACUCCGUGCAGGUGGAUAGUGGAGCCUGGGUGGGCUAUGAGCAUGAGCACUUCCGUGGGCGCCAGUAUUUGUGGGACAUGUCUGAUCGGGGAGAAUAUAACUGCACAGAUAGGUGGUGUGGUCAAGGUGACCACAUCGCGUCUGUCCGCUCUGUGAAGCAGGAUACAAACCCUCCACGUGCUCAGCUGUUUGAGAGACAAGGUUUCUCCGGGAGAAAGACCGAGCUUCAGGACGACAUCCCUAACCUCAUGACAAGAUAUAACCUGAACAGAGCCUCCUCAAUCCGGGUGCUGGGUGGAGCCUGGGUGGUGUACCAGGAGCCCAAUUACAGAGGAUCCCACUAUAUCCUGGAGAGGAAAGACUACAGUAACUACUCAGACUGGGGAGCUCAGAACAGCACUGUGGGCUCCAUGCGCAGAAUUCACUUCAGCUGAACUCCUCCUAACCCUGUACUCCAACCCUGUUAAAUCCCUCCGAAACUCCCCCUGACAUUUUUACACUCAAAAUACA